UAUGACUGGAGGAAGAGUUUUGUCCUGCGAUAUGAGUUCUUUGUUUAUUGCGUCUGCGAUUGAAAAUAACAUCACAGUAUAUAACACUCAUAAUCAGCUCUGGGAUGUUUCUGCUAAAGCCAUUCUUUACAACACUGGAAUUUUAGGGUCAUCACUCAUAACUGCCAGUACUUUUCUUGAAAGUCAGUUGAUUACGGCUGAUUCAAAUGGGAUUCUCAAAUGUUUUGAAUUUCGAGAAAAACAGCUUUAUCAUAGGGCACAAAUUGACUUAGAAAUAUCCCUGACUGAAGAUUUUAUAAAAGAAGAUACAGGAAAUUGUUUCAAUAUCUUGUCAUUACACCAUGUGCAAACGCAAGAAAGACCAGCUACGGCACCACCUUUGUGCACUCGAACAACAAAUGAUAUCCGAAACUUACUGAACUCUAAAGAUUGGUUGAUUUGCUCGCUCCCUGGUCACUUCGUAUUCCUUGAUAUUCGAUCUAUGGAAUUUCAAAAAAUGAUCAAAUAUUCUGAUAUUGAUAAAAAUCUACCGUCUAUUAUAGAAUAUUCGACUUUUUUUGGGAAAUCGCCGUAUUCAGUUGUCACCUGCUUAAUAAAGGGACUGCUUGACUGUCAACUUUACUACAUAAGAAUAGCUAUUGACGACGAAAUAAAAUCACAGUCCCUCAAUUUUAUAGCCAAAGAUUCUCUGAUUCCGAAUUCGCCUUUACGUUUGCAACUAAAACAGACAGCUAAAAAAAAGGAUCCGUCAGAAAAGCCUUUGACAUUCAAGACGAAAGUGAAAUCUUCAGGAUAUGGCGUGUGCGAACCAAAAAGAGAGUUAUUUCACCCCAUAACUGAAAGGAAAAAAAAGUCUUCAACUUCUAAAGCCCAAUGCGAUUUCAAACCUCUCUUAAACGAAAAUUAUUCACAAAACUCUGGGUAUCCAACACAAAUGAUAAGCAAGUCUGCAGAUCUUGGUACAACCGUCUUCGUUAAUUCUUUAAAAUUUUCGAAAAAUGGAAAAAACUUAGCAGCUGCAUGUUCAGAUAACUCAGUUAGAAUUUUUAAAACGCCGUUAUCGGAAAAAUCAAAGGACUGGCUUUUCCUUCAUCAUACAUCUGCAGUGCAGAAUAUUCAUUGGAGUAAUUGCGGAAAAUAUUUAGUUUCUAAUGCUCAAGAUAAGAAAGUCUGCCUGAUAUCGCCUAAUAAUCAAACACCCAUAUUGAAGCUCAAUUUCGAUCAAGAAGUUUCCGGCUCUCAAUUUUUUUAUAUCGAUCGUUUUAUCAUGGUCUCUCUUAAAAGGACGCUGGAGCUAUUCUCCUACGUGAUAGAUCUGGAAAAAACUGAUAUUAAACGCUAUGAAGAAAAAAGUAGAGCAAAGACAGCAUUUUCUUACACUAUCAAAAAUAUUCAAAAUAUCACGAGCAUUGCUGCACCCAAUUCUUAUCAUUCGCAUCUCUGUUUAUGUUCCUGUUCUGAUAAAUCAAUUAGAGUGUUUGAUCUGAAUGAAGGAAAAGAAGCAUGUAGAUUGGAAUCUUCAAGAAUUAUCCAUGAUCUAUCGGUGAACGAAGGUAGCUCAGGCCUUACACUUUCGGCUGACUUAUUCAAUCUAUUCGUCUCAUCUGCUGUAAAUGAAGGCGUUAAAAUAUGGGAUUUAAGAAGUGGCAGAUGUAUUCGAAAAUUUGAUGCUCAUAAAUGCAGUACCCUCCCGUGUAAAGCCGAAUUGAGUCCCUGCACUAGAUAUAUUGGUUCGGGCUCUGAAGAUGGCUCAGUAUAUGUUUAUGAUGUUGCUAGUGGUGGAGUACUUUCCAAAUUGGAAAUGAAGAGAGGCGUUGUUAAUCCUGUCACUUUCAAUCUAGCAGAACCCAUGGUUAACUAUGAAAUUAUUCCUUAG